AUGCAAAGAGGUAUACAUCAAGUUUGUUUACAGUCUUUAAGGGGGAAAGGAUCAAUCAGUAGUGUACGAAACAAUCUUUGGAAUGGCAACAUCUUGAGUAACCGUAUGUUAUUAAGCUCAAGUAGUAGCAGCUGUAGAAGUAGUGGUAGUAGUAAGUAUGGUGGCUCGCUGAAUGGUGCAAUUUUUUGUGAAAGCAAGAGAUACAUAACUAGAUAUUGGGCAGAAUACACUAAAAAGAAAAUUCAUGAUUCCAAGAUAAAUGAAUGGAGGGAACAAUUUGCCAUAUUAGAUGAAUAUAAUGACAAGGAUUUAAUGAUAUGGAGGGAUUCAUUUAAUAAGAUGGACAAGGAUAAGGAUAAUUUUAUAUCACAUGCAGACUUACAAAAGAGUGAUUGGAGUUUAGAAAAAUAUACACUCUUUCAAAAUUAUGACAUGGACAAAAAUAAUCUCAUCGAUUUUGGUGAAUACAUACAGGCAGUUAUUGACAUAGAUACACAAUAUUUUAAAAAUUUUUUUCAAGGUUUUAGCAAAAUUGAUAUUGAGUUGGAGUUUCAAAAGUAUGCCAUUACUGAAAAGGAAAAUAACAAAAAGGUAAUACCCCUAACAAAACUAAUGCAGAUGCUAAAGGAUAAGGAAUUUACAUGCGUAACUGAAACAGAUUCACUGAAGUUGUUUAAUGCAAUGGACCUGAACAACGACGGCUCCAUAGAUUUUGAGGACUUUCUUGGGUGGUUUACGUUCACAAAAUAA